GGAGAUAUUCCCGUGCAAACGCAUCCCGGGCGCGUCUGCAUGGCGCACUCUUUGCAAGCCACACCGGGGGAAGCGCGCCCCGACUUUGCGCUCCCUCCUCCGCUUCUUCUCCCGCUGCAGUUACGCAGUGGGGAGAACGCGGUGACGGAAUCCGCCGGCCUCAACUGAAUUCCUCGGCAGUUGGAAAAGGAAAAGUCGGCCGCCGAGGAAUCAUGGCCCAUACCCUUCCCGUUCCCUGCCCGGUCAAACUCGGGACGGUCAAACUCGAGAGCCCUGAGGCUCGGUUGCACGAUUACGUGAAGCAGGGGAACUACGUGAAAGUGAAGAAGCUGCUCAAGAAAGGAAUCUCUACCCACUCGCUCAACUCCCUAGGACAAACCCCUCUCUUCACAGCUGCCUUGCUCGGACUGGGAAAACUUGUGGAUAUCCUUCUGGAUUAUGGUUCGGACCCGAACCACCGUUGUUACGAUGGGAGCACCCCGAUCCAUGCGGCGGCCUUCUCGGGAAGCCAGUUCAUUCUUAGCAAACUGCUUGACGCCGGUGGGGAUCUGCGACUCCAUGACAAGGAUGGGAGGACCCCCCAAAGCUGGGCUGUGACCGCGGGGAAAGAAAGCAGUGCGCAGAUGCUUGAAUUCAUUCAGCGCUGCACCACUCACAUGCAAGUCGUCCUCCAGAAUCAGUCCUUGGAUCUGCUGAGGAAAGUGGACUCGCCCAGGGCCCUGGUCCACAGCCCGUCCAAGUUUGGGGGAAUUACGCAGGGGGCAGCUGACAGCCCACUAGGGAGGUUCAUGAAACGUGGGAACAGCGUGUCCCAAAACAUCUUCAGUUUUGGGUUCGGGAAGUUUUUUCUCACCAGCAAGAGGCAGAUGGGUUACCUCGCUUCCCUUCCCAUCAUAGCGGAUAAAGAGGUCGUCCAGGCCGAUGACGAGCCCACCUUCUCUUUCUCCACCGGGCCGUACAUGAGCAUGACCAACCUGAUGUGGGGUGGCAACCGUGUCACCGUGAAGGAGCUGAGCAUGAAGCCGCACCAGCACUGCAGCAAGCUGCGCCUCUCUGACCUCCUCCUGGCCGAGCAGGAAUACAGCAGCCAACUCCACCACCCCCACCUGCUGCUGCUGAUGGCCGUCUGUCUGUCCAACGACUUGGAGAAAACCCGCCUGGUGUUUGAGAGGGUGAACUUUGGGUCUCUCUACAGCAUCCUUCACGAGCGGCGCUCCGAAUUCCCAGUGCUGCACAUGGAGACGAUUGUGCACUUGCUGAUCCAGGUGAGCGACGCGCUGCGAUACCUGCAUUUGCGUGGCUUCAUCCACCGCACCCUCAGCUCCUACGCCGUGGUGGUUGUGCUGGCCGGGGAAGCCAAGCUGACCAACCUGGAGCACAUGAUCGAGAGCAAAGACGGAGGGGAGCACAGUGACCUGACGCGGGUGCCCAUCCCUCCCCAGCUGUAUAAAUGGUGCGCCCCAGAAGUGAUCCUUGAACGAACUGCGACUCAAAAAUCGGACAUCUAUAGUUUUUGCGCCGUCAUGCAGGAGGUGUUUACAGACACCAUUCCCUGGGAUGGACUGGAAGGUUCGGCCGUCAAAGAUCUCAUAAUCUCGGGACAAUGGCUGGAAGCCGACGCCAGGCUGCCCAAGCCCUACUACGACGUUGUGAAGACCGGCCUCGAGUCCAGGCAGAAGCAGCGCACGAUGAACCUGCAGGACAUUCGUUACGUCCUGAAGAACGACUUGAAGGAUUUGCUCGAGUCUCGCAGGAACCGCCCUUGUGCAGAACCAGUGUCCCCCAAGCCUGAAAUGCACCCCAAUAUCAACAUCUGCUUGCCCUCCGCCUCGGCUCUCGUGAAGAAGCCACAGCCGCAAGAAGAGACGGCUCACAUAGCCAGGAGCUUCACCAUGACCAGGUGCGCCGUUUCCUCCCCGGAGAUCAAACCUGCCGUCGUCCAAGUCUCCGAGCCAGUUCUUCGCAUGGCUCAGUCGAGCCCGAUUUUAGAGGGGCAUUUGGAAGACUUUGAGGAAGCCAGAAAUGCAAACUUGAGCCUUUGCAGCGUGGAAAUCAAUGAGAUCUACACUUGCUACCCAGAGCUGUGUGAAGGGACGGAGGAGGACGCAGAGGUGGCAAGAAUAAGGAAGAAUCCCGAUGCUGGGGAGGAGUUGCAGGAUGCUCCAGGGGACGCAGCCCAAGUCGCAUCCCCUCGAGCUGCUGAAAUCCAGGAAUGCGAGGCGGGCCUGUCCUCAGACACCGAAACGGAAUGCAGUCAGGAGGAGCUGAACGGCGUAUCCGUGAUGAACGAGGUGCUAAGGAGCGCCCGGAGCAAAGGUGGGGAUAUCCAGUCCCAGUUUGAGUACAAAUUUGGAAAGUGUGUCCUCGACCUGAAGAUUUGCCAAACUCUGCUCCAGCAAGCCACGGACUCCCUCUCCCGGACAGAAGCCAAACUAGGCGCGCUGGAGACCUUGGGCAAACCCCGGCGGCUCUUUUGGGGGACUCAGGCAAGGGAGCAGCCCGCCGUUGUGAUUCCUGCCAGGGUCUGCCAAGAGAAGCUGGAGACCAUCUUGAGAAAUAUUAGGGCUCCCUUAAAUGGAGACCGUGCCCUGCAGUGGAAGGCUGCCGCUCCCCCGGUGGAGACCUAUGUGUCUCCGCCUUUCCGGAUCCCGGGGACCUGCAGACCCCUGGUGAUUCACUCUUACCAGGCUGUCGAAAACAGACCCAAGAAUGUCAGCCAGAGCCAGGAUGCCACCUACUGGAGCGAUUUUGGACUGGAAGCAGCCAAAAGUCCCUUAAAUCAAAGAGGAACAGAACCGAACUAUCAGCUCUUGCACCCAGGCAUGUCCUUCCGGAGGAGGAAGAGCCCCCACCUGCGUCGAGGCAGCUCCGUGUUGGACGGGAUCAAAGUGGCAGAUGGGUCCCUGGAAAAAAUAGCUCCUGAAACCUGCAGAGCGAACUUGAGAAGAGAAGAGAGGAGAAUGGCUCAGUGUGAAUGGACAACCGAAGUGAAGCAGAUGGCAAAGAAGGUGGCAUCGGGGCAGCUUGGCUUCCCGGCCCAGCACCCUGCCAGCAGAUGGAUGUUGGAGAGCGAGGCCGAGGACAUCAGGACCGUUUUUCCAAGCCCCGCCUACCGCGAGAGGGUCAGAUUCUGCCAGGAGAAUGGCGAGGUGGGGAAGGGGCAGCCCAGGAGGGCAAUCGGAGACUAUAAGGUGCUUUCUGACCAUGACGAGAGAAACCUGAACAGCCCGUUGGGAAGAGCCACAAGACUGGAGAAGCAAGGAAAACGCAGUCCAAUUCCAGCCGGCGAGGGUGGCGCAGCAUCACACAACCACGUGGGCCGUUCUCUCACCACCGAGGAUUCUUGCAGGGAACAGCUGGAAGAGCAGACCCACUCGCCAUCUUCCUCCCUUAACGUGUCGGAGGAGUUUUUAACUCCGGACCCUGACUAUUUUUUUGGUGGUUCUGCUCCUCAUGAGCAUUCUGAAUUGGAAUAUUCAACGGCUGAAGAGGAAGAAGAAGAAGAUAUUCUAGAAAUAACGGAGGAAAUCUGUGGGCAGAAGGAACAGUCGAAACAGUCUCAAGUAAUCUGUGGUCAGAAAGAACAUCCCAUCGAUGCCGGGCAGAGAAGAGAGUUUUCCUGUGGGACAGGUACAAAAUACAUCCAUGACGAUGUGCCAAGGAGAGAGAGAUUUCCUCCUGCAAUCAGCCCUGGGACAGCACAAGGCAGGAGGCUCGGUGAAGCUCCAAGAGAAUCAAAAGGAGACCCGUAAGGACCGUUCGCUGCUUUGGAGCAGAGCUGGUUUCUCUCGCUAUCCCUUGCAGAUAUUCAAGAUUUAUCUAGCAUCUCUUGCAAGGAUUCGUGUAAGACGUCAGCUUUUAAAACUCCCAGAAGUACUAACUCCCCAAUUAAGGCCAGCACCCCGCUUAGCCCAGCGGAUCCCGCACCAAAAUUUUCCUCCACUGUCACAAAAUACAAGGAUUAUUGUGUGAUGACCAUAGAUACAUCAUGCUGGGCUACCCAUGACGUCUCCUUGCUAGGACUCAGCACGUUUCCUGCCGCCCGUGCGAAAGGAGUGAUUACGGAAGUGGCGCCUGCUGCCCAGCACCCAUCCGCUGGGCUCUUAGAACCCGACAGUAAUCUUUGGCUGCCCCUUUCGAGGGGUCAGGCAGAAUCGGGGAGGGAGUUUCCUUCUACUCAGCAUAGCCCCCCCGGGAAAGCUGCUUCCAACUGCUUUUUGUCAGGAGCUCCUGAUCGGCUUGAUUCAGAAGACCAAGAGAAGCCGGAAGAGAAAACACCCAGUGUGAGCAAAGCUGAGGACAGCCUCUGGUUCAGCGAGAGCACGUGUCUGGGAGAAGAUACAGAAAGAGCUCAUUCAAGCCUUGACAAAGUUUUGGAAGAAGUUCUUUGUCCAAUUGCUGACAGCCACAACCUAAACAAAGGUCUGCCAGAUGCCAUCCAGAGGGGGGAGCCGAGCUGUGCCCACCACGGGAACAUUGAGAUGAAAGGGGCAGCUGAAGAAAGUUUCAGCGAAUCCGAAGGAUCCAUCGAAAACGUUGAAGGACUUUCUUGAGCGGAAAAGAUAAACCGAAACUCGGCUGGCUAAU